UUCUCUUGUAGAUUAAAAUUUGGAGUUUUUACUUAGUGAUGGAUGGUGAGGAUAUUGCAUCAGCUCCUUCAACACCUGUAACACCAGGGACUCCAGGUGCUCCUCUCUUUCGAGAUUUCAAAAGGGACAAUAAUUGCUUUAAUGGUAGAAAAUCAUCUCUUCUUAAGAGCAGCAAAUGCUUUAGUGCUGAAGCUUGGGAAUUGGAAGAAGGGAGUUUCCCCCCUGUCUCUUGUGCAUUGCCCCCACAUUCUGUCUCUCUUGCAAGAAAGAUGGGAGCUGAGUUUAUAGGUACCCUCAUACUUAUCUUCACUGGAACAGCCACUGCCAUUGUGAACCAAAAGACAAACGGAUCGGAAACCCUUAUUGGCCUGGCAGCCUCCACCGGGCUGGCGGUGAUGGUAGUCAUACUCUCCACUGGUCACAUUUCUGGAGCUCAUCUCAAUCCUGCUAUCACCAUUGCCUUUGCUGCUCUCAAGCAUUUUCCAUGGAAACAUGUUCCUUCUUACAUUGGAGCCCAAGUAAUGGCAUCAUUAACUGCUUCAUUUCUGGUAAAAGGGAUUUUCAAUUCUAUGAUGGGUGGGGGAGUAACAGCUCCUUCAGGGGGAUAUGCUCAAGCUUUUGCUUUGGAAUUUAUUAUCACUUUCAACCUCAUGUUUGUUCUUACAGCAGUAGCCACAGAUACAAGAGCUGUUCCAACUUUUUUCAUAAAUAUGGCAACCAUGUCCCCAAUAUUUAGUUUGUACUUCCAUAUUCCCAAACUUCUAAUAGCGUACGCACAAUAUCCUCACCUUAUG